AUGACCGGUGACAUAUUUUCCGACUGGUUAAAAGAAUGGGAUAAACAACUAGCAAAGGAAAAACGACAUAUCCUAUUGACUGUAGAUAAUUGUCCGGCUCAUCCUCCUGUUCAAACUGAAUUUAUAAAGUUGGUUUUUCUCCCUCCAAACACGACCUCUGUAUUACAACCUAUGGAUCAAGGUAUUAUUAAAGCAUUAAAAGUGAAAUUUCGGAAAAAACUAGUACUCAAAAUUAUUAACCAAGAGGAACAGGGAAAAGAUAUUAAAAUUUCAGUAUUAGAUGCAAUUUUAAUGAUCUCCGAUGCAUGGAAUGAUGUUUCUACCACUACAAUAAGAAACUGUUUCCACCACGCUGGAUUCAAGGCUUCGGUAAACGACGAAACAGAAGUAAGUGAAAAUCAUUUGGACACAGAGUGCUUUUCUGAAGAAAACAUACAAAGUUUUGCGGAGGUUGACGAUGCUCUUUUGACCAACGAAGAACCCAAUGAAGAAGAAAUUUUCAAGUCUAUUUUGAAUGCAAAUAAUGAUGAAUGUGAACAAGCUGACGAAGAGAGCGAAGAAAUCGUAUUCAAAGUACCAUCUUUUUCGGAAAUGUAUUUUUUUAUUGAUCAGGUGCGUACUUUUGUUUCGGUAAAUAGUGACAUAAAUACGCCAGAAGUAUCAAUGGCAUUAAAUAAUAUUUCUAAUUUUGUUAAAAAAUCUUAUUCAAAUUAUAAACAAACUACUAUUAAAGAUUAUUUUUCAAACAAAUCGUAA